AUGGUUUCUGGCUCUGACGAUUUUCGUCACAGGACGGACGAAAGCUCAGCACGGAGUCAUUGGGGUCGCAAGACGGUGGGCCGAGGUCUUUUUCGCACAAUUCAACAGACAAAAGUCCAAGGUAACCCUCCUGUGAUAUCCGGUGAGGCUAAUCUACGAAUCCCUUGGACCCGCCUUCUAAAACUAAAUAAAAAAUACGCCAGAGAGAGUGAAAAGGAAAUGGAGCAGGAUGCUGUUUGA